UUUCUGGCAUGGAGGUACAUCUUAAGAUAUAUUACUAACUAACCAGUUUAGGACUCUGAAAUAAGCUUAAGUAAAUAACUACAUAAAGGAAUAAAGCAAUACUCAGUUGGUAGUUAUAAUUUCAACUCUAAAUAUUUCUUUGUCUCCUUUCUUCUGUUCACAGAUGACACAGCUGAUGAUCAGGAAGAAUCAGACAAUGGUGACUGAGUUCUUCUUUGCCAUAUUCCCAAAACUACACGAAGGUGGUCUCUCAUUCUUUAUUCCCUUGCUUCUUAUCUAUGGAUUUAUUGUAACUGGAAACCUAAUGAUAUUUAUUGUCAUCCAGGUGGACAUGGCCCUGCACACCCCUAUGUAUUUCUUUAUUAGUGUUCUCUCCUUCCUGGAGAUCUGGUAUACCACAACCACCAUCCCCAAGAUGCUUUCCAGCCUAGUCAGUGAGCAAAAGACCAUCUCCUUGACUGGUUGCCUUAUGCAGAUGUACUUCUUCCACUCACUUGGUAUCACAGAAGGCUGUGUCCUUACAGCAAUGGCUAUUGACAGGUACAUAGCUAUCUGUAAUCCUCUCCGUUACCCGACCAUAAUGACUCCCAAACUUUGCAUCCAGCUGACAGCUGGAUCCUGUCUUUGUGGCUUCCUUCUUGUGCUUCCUGAGAUCACAUGGAUUGCCACUCUUCCAUUCUGUGGCUCGAACCAUAUUCACCAGAUAUUCUGUGACUUCACACCUGUGCUGAGCUUGGCCUGCACAGAUACAUCCCUAGUGGUCAUUGUGGAUGGCAUCCAUGCAGUUGAGAUCCUGGCUUCCUUCCUGAUCAUCGCCCUAUCCUAUAUCCGGAUCAUCAUGGUGAUUCUGGGGAUGCCCUCGGCUGAGGGUCGUUACAAGGCCUUUUCCACCUGUGCUUCCCACCUUGCUGUGUUUUUGCUAUUUUUUGGCAGUGUGGCUGUCAUGUAUUUGCGAUUCUCAGUCACCUACUCAGUGUUUUGGGACACAGCAAUUGCUGUCACUUUUGUUAUCCUUGCUCCCUUUCUCAACCCUAUCAUCUAUAGCCUGAGGAACAAGGACAUGAAAGAUGCUAUUGGAAGACUUUUCCACUAUCAGAAGAGGUUUGAUGGGGCUGGGAGGUAGAACAAGAUCCUGGAGAUUCUGAGAAGCCUCU